AUGUCAGAUAUCCCUCCGGAAUUGGUAGAAGAAAUACUCUCUAGGGUUCCAACCACAUCUCUGUCAAGAUUGCAAUAUACUUGCAAACAAUGGAAUGCUUUACUCAAAGACAAAGGAUUCACUGAGAAGCACUUUCGUAAAGCUCCAAAGCAGUCCUUGGUUCUCAUGUUGAAGGGAUUUAGAAAUUUCUCACACCAUAGACUCGUGGUUUGGAAUCCGUGUUUGGGGGAAACCAGAUGGAUCCAACCCAAAACUGAUUACAAGAGAUUCUCUAGUUUUGCUCUAGGUUACGAAAACAACAAAUUUUGCCAUAGCUUCAAAAUUUUGAGGUGUUAUUACCAAUACAAGAAACUUGUUGGGUGUGAAAUUUAUGAUUUUAGGUGUGAUUCGUGGAGGGUACUUGUUGAUGGAAAUGCUUACUGGCUUGCUUAUCAUAAAAUAGGCUCCUCUAAAUUCUUACUUACUUUUGAUUUUACAAGAGAGAGAUUUAGAUGUCUGCGUCUUCCAACGAUUCUGAGUCUUGGUUGGACGGUUUUAUUAGUUGCUAGCGAAGAAAAACUCUCACUGUUACAUUGGAAUAAUGGUUCAUCAAAGAUGGACAUGUGGGUGACUAAUAAAAUUGAUACUGAAGCACCGUCGUGGAGCAAAUCUUUUACAGUGGAUGGAUAUAUAACUAAUCACGAAUAUAAUUGUUAUUAUCAUCCCACAAGAUUUUUGAUGGACGAAGAGAAGAAAGUGGCUGUGUGUUGUAUUGAAAGUUAUGAGCCAAUAAGCGGGAUGGUGGUAUACAAAUUAUAA